AGUGUGAACAUUUUUAUACUUUUUACUUCACUUUUUUCAUCCCCACUCCUGUUCAAUUUUUUUUUUCGUUUUGGCUCCGUACAGUUUGUUUCAAAUACCCAGUAGUGUUUGGUUCUUUUCCUUGGCUGUUUGAAGUUUCGAUUUUUUGCGUUCGUUUUUGAAGGUUCCUUCUCUUCGUCUUUUUCUCACAUCUCAAAUACAUAACUUUUCAAGAUUUUAAUUAGUGUUUUUGAAUGCUUUGAUUUAGCUUUUGCCAGAUUUGUGAUUCAGCCUUUGUCUUUCUUCUCUCUUUCCAAGGUUUUAAGGCCUAAGCUUCUCUUUCACGCUUUCACGCUUUCACCUCACUCUUCUCUUCUUUCUAUUGAUGCCAAUACACACCAUCUGAAGGGGAAAAAAAACAAACAUCCUCAGAAAUGGACCAAGAUUUGUUAUGUCCCAUCACAUACAUCCAACGUAAGACCGUCACAAAGAUGUUCAGAAAACCGCCUUCGAAACCCACUAAAAUCGUUCGGGUAUCAGUUACGGACCCUGACGCAACCGACUCUUCCAGCGACGAGGAAGAUUAUUUCUUUGUUCCCCGCCGGAGAGUAAAGCGCUACGUCAACGAGAUCAGCAUCGAGCCGGCGCCUUGCAAAAGCACCGCCUCUACCACCGUUCCUAACAACAACAGUAACCGCAAGAGGACAGCCACCGACGUCGCGGAUUCCAACCGUAGGCCUCUCAAGCUUUCUUCAUCCGGUAGGAAGUUUAGAGGUGUACGGCAAAGACCAUGGGGGAAAUGGGCAGCGGAGAUUCGAGAUCCAGCCCGCCGCGUACGGCUGUGGUUGGGUACUUACGACACUGCCGAAGAAGCUGCCAUGGUUUAUGAUAAUGCAGCAAUCAAGCUUCGAGGACCUGACGCUUUGACCAACUUCAUUACUCCCCCAGCUAAAGAAAGUAUCGGAAAACCCGAAAACAUUAACGUGCCUUCGGUUUCUGGGUACCAAUCAGGAGAAGAUUCACCUCGCAAUCUCUCAUCCCCAACUUCAGUCUUCAACUUCGAAACUCAAUCAACUGAAGAUACAGCAGUCGAACCGGAAAGAACGGUUCAUGAACUUCAAGAAGGAGAAAGUAAACCGCCACCGGCUCGACAAGAGCCGUCCAAUGACUCGGGAGAUUAUUUGCCUCUUGAUUUCCCUUUCCUUGAUGACUUCUUUAAUAAUCCAGUUCCGGUAUUGUCACUUUUCGAUGAGACUUCAACGAAUUUUUCAGACGGUAAAGUGAUCAAUCAACAUUUUGAUGACAUCUUAAUUAAUACGUCCCGAGAUUUUGAGUGCUACUUACCAUCAUCGUCGUCGUCAGAGUCUAUUUCUCAAGUGGAUGAUCAAGUGAACGAUUAUUUUGAAGAAAUAGGCGAUUUAUUCUUGUUAGAUCCUCUUGUGUCGAAUGUUUAGUUUUUUUUUUUUUGUUCCGAGCUAUUGUCGUCGUUAAAAUAGUUGCCGGCAGUUUUGGAUGGACGGCGACGACUAACUAGCUAUUUUAACAUUUUAAAACCUUUUUAUGUUUAUUGCCUCCGUUAAGUUAAACGGAGAGAGUUUGCUGGGUAAAAGAGUGUAGUACAGUUUUGACGGAGAAAUGGCCAAACGGGACCUGAAAAAAAGAUUUGUUUAA